AUGGCCGAGCUGUGGUCGUGGCUGAGCGCCACGGCGGAGCUGUGGAGCUCCUUCCUGGGGUGCCAGGCUUGCAUCUCCAAGUACGAGGAGGAGAUCCUCGCCGAACCCUGUGCAGACGAGGCCCCAGCUGAGCUGCUGGCCUCGGAUCCCAAAGCCUUCAGGUGCAUCCAGUGCCGACAGCUGGCAGCGAAUGAUCCCCUUUAUGCCGUGGUGCCCCACGAGCCCACGCAGAUUCGUGGCUGCCCGCACGGGCCCUUCUGCACACGCUGUGCCAGCAACGUGGGCAAGCAGGUCCUGGGCCUCUGCGUAUGCCGCGCCUUGGUCACGGAGUUCCGCCUUUGA